GAUCUGAAUUAAAAAAAAUUUAAAAAAAAAAUUUGAUGGAAACCACUCAUUUCCAUUUUAAUUUCUAACCUCUAGCAUGGACUGGCUUUGUCGAUGUUGCACCACGUAUACACAUACGGUUUCAACAAAUGCGCUGUUAUGAACAAAGAAUGUAACGGUGACACACAGCGUUGCAUCCUUACUGAGCUCAUAAUAGGCAGCUGUCACUGGGUCAGGUGGGCAUCGCACUGGUCCUGGGGUUGGUUGUCACACCUGUGAGGCAGACAUGUGAAUGCUGGUGUCUUUUAAAAGAUACAUUAAUGCUAUCAAUGAUACAAAAGUCCAUAAAAUAGAUUAGAUGAGACUUUAUUAAUCCCGGCUUCCUCCGGGAGAUGGUGUAGUGCGGUGCUGCAGAGCUGCUGGGAAAAGCUGCCACAGCCACAUAGGUCAUGAAAUGCAGGAUUUGUUCUCUUUGAUAGAAGCUACACUUCAGCACUUCACUGCUUAUAUGCACAGUUAUUACUCACACUAAGUAAACUUAUAUCUGAAUAAAUGACGAGUAACGCUGUUUUUACUGAAGGUGUUCGUGUUGUGAUGGCAGCUUCCUUUUUGCAGCAGUUCGUUACAAACAGUAACAGCCCACCACAGAGUGGGGGUGUCGAGCCGAAACACCGGCUGAUUGGUAACCUGUCACGCAUGUGGAGUGAAAGGAGGGCGGUCAACAAAGGGGCAUUAGGGCAGAGUGUGUUGCACAACAUCAGUCAAAGCUUCCUUUGUGCUGGUUGAAUGACCAGUUGAGCAAACAGGUAACCAGCAGCACCAGCAGCCCAGUGUCACACGGUCGGGAGGAACAACUGAAUGAGCUGUGGGUUGGUGGCGUUUCUCGGGAUUUAGCCGCUGCUAACCCGGGUCUGUCCCGGGCCUUUGUGAUUGGCUGCUCCCACAGCGCUGCAGGGAGACUUUCACACACGUGCCGCAUAUUCCUGAUCUCCUCUGUGGAUACGUGCAGCUGUCAGGUGUGCACAAAGCUUCUGUCAACAGGAAUGUCAGGUGCUGAGGCUUUUGUGACCCUUGCCACCACAGACUCUUACUGCAUGGGAGCCGCUGUAGUGGCCAGAAGUCUGCGGCGGCAUGGAACAACUCGCCACAUAGUUGCCAUGAUCACACCAAAUGUCUCUGAGCAGUCAAGACUCGCCCUUGAAGAUGUGUUUGAUGAAGUGAUUGCGGUGGAUGUGAUGGACAGUGAAGAUUACCACCACUUGUCCUUGCUGGGACGUCCUGAGCUCGGUAUCACUUUCACUAAGAUCCACUGCUGGACUCUGACACAGUAUAGCAAAUGCGUCUUUCUGGAUGCCGACACUCUGGUGCUGUGUAACGUGGACGAGCUGUUUGACAGGGACGAGCUGUCAGCCGCUCCUGAUCCCGGCUGGCCCGACUGUUUCAACUCAGGAGUGUUUGUCUUCAGACCGUCCCUGCACACUCACACCAGACUGCUGGAUCACGCCAGUCGCCACGGCAGCUUUGAUGGAGGAGACCAAGGACUGUUGAACUCUUUCUUCAGUAGCUGGUCAGUGGAAGACCUCAGUAAACACCUGCCGUUUGUUUACAACCUCAGUGCCAGCUCGGUCUACAGCUACCUUCCUGCUUUCCAACAGUUUGGCCACAAUGCAAAGAUCAUCCACUUCCUUGGAGCAGACAAACCCUGGAACUCGCAGGGAAACAGCAGCUACUCGCACAACAUGGAGCAGUUUGUGUCUCUGUGGUGGAAGGAAUACCUUAUUCACACGGUGUCAUCUGCUCCAGUUGUCCAGCCCAAGCAAGAGCAGAAGAAACCACAACAGAUCCAAGAAAGAGAAGCCAAGAUGCCGUUUACAGAAAACUUGGACACCUCGAAUUCACUGCUUGCACAUUUCCCUCCUCCUCCUCCUCCUCCUCCUCCACCAGAGUACCUUUAUUCACAGUCUGAACCAGCUGUGUGUUCCCACACAGAUGGCACACAGUUGGAGGAGGAGUCGAGAUCGUCUGAGGAGUCAGAAACUGAGGAUCCACCUUUGGGGGCAGAAGGCUCUGAAAGCAGUGACGUUCCUGCAGACACGGCUGCUGAUCCCACACCUGCAGACACUGAGCCGCUGGAUCACCGCAGGCUGUGGGAGAUGGGACAGGUGGACUACCUCGGCAGAGAUGCCUUUCAAAACAUCCAAAGGAUGCUGGACCGCUUUUUGGAUUAAAAAAUGUCAAACUUCAUCAGCCUUAGUGUUUCCAUGUUCUGUAGUGUGGUUACUAAAAUGCUGGGGUUUGACAGUUUGCAUGCCUUAAUACAUAGAAGGGCACACAAGUAUUUAUAAAAACUGAAGUUACACACAGUAACACGCUUUUUAUCUGUUUACAUACUGAUUUAUUUAUUUGAGCAGUCUGAUAGACAUCUACAUCGUUCAUAGAUGGUUUGGUUUUGUUUUUAAAGUAUCUCCCCUGUGCUGCUUAUUACUAGAUGGCCCAGUCAGGACAGAGGAGAGCUAGUACCCGUUUUAGUUUCUGUAGUUUUCUUUUCUUUUUGUUUUAUUAACCUGUGCUUUCUUGGUAUUGUGCUGGACUAGUCUUCAUCAUUCUCUGACAAUGACCACAGGCCAAAACCUGUUGAUCAAAGCUGUUCUUUAUACUCCAAGUGUUCUUUGGACCCUUGUUUUUCUCCAUGCACCUUGGAAGUAGGUGACGCUGUGGCAGGAACAGCCUUUGUGCUGGAAGUGGCAAAUGCAAAAUUAAUAUUGCAUGUGAGAAUCAUAAAAAUAUGAUACUUUAAUUGGAAACUUUAAAUUGCCCAUAGGUGUGAAUGUGAGUACAAAUGGUUGUCUCCUGUCUAUAUGUUGGCCCUGCGACAGACUGGCGACCUGUCCAGGGUGUACCCUGCCUCACUAAGACAGCUGGGGUGGGCUCCAGCACCUCCCGCCAUCCUGAAAAGGAUAAGCGGAAGCAGAUGGAUGGAUGGAUAGUUUGAAGUUGACUUUAAGUAUGCACUUGGCUUUCAAACUUGGAUGAUUUGAACACCAAAAUGCAAGAUGUCAUGCUACUCAUAUCCCACCGAGUCAUGCAAAACUUUGAUCCAUUCUUUUAAGACGGUCCUUAUAAACACAUAAAGAUUUAUGACUAUCCUUAUAAAUAAUGAAAAUCCAAAGAAUUUACAGAAAUUCUGAAAAAGAGUGACUCCAAGAUGAAUAAGUUGUAAAACCUUCAAGGAAAAGGCCAAAAAGGCAGAUGCUUGACCCCUGGAGUCUGUCUAUACACAUGCUUGUUUAAAUAUUUAAACCUUUAACACUGGCACUUGUCUGGUGAUACCACUAACACUCACUGAUGGCUAAUAGAUGUUUUUCCCAUUAAAUAUGGUUGCAGUCCUUGA